AUGUCUAUUCCUUCUUACAACGACUACCAAAUCUGGAUCGGUGUAGUUGAUGAUCACCCCUCCCUAGAACUUGAAGAGUACAUCGUCGCCCUACACAAGAGCAACGGCCUAGUCUGCCACUGGUUCUCGACGAUCCGAACAUUAGACGGGACAAUCAAGCAUUUCAGUGAAUCAUUCAGCCCUGGUGGAGCAGAACAUCUCGCCUGCGAGCAACUGCGCAAAAGAAUGCUUGUUUCUCACCUUUCUGACUGGCAGCUUCGUAAGUUUGUGGAAAUAUUUGAGGAAACCCAGGCUCGUGAGAGCCAAUUUUUUAUCUUCCGUUGGCUGUAUGAUUGUGUCGACUCUGGCAUCCUCAAGGAGGAGGAUGUGGAUAGGGUCAAGCCCUGGCUUGAUUUUGCGGCGGAGAGUUCUCAUGCUGUUGACGCUAACAAAUAA